AUGGUGUACGAGUACAACCGUGGGCAUCCGCAGAAGCUAGUCUACGUUGCACUCGCUAGAUGCACGGACGUCAACCGGCUGUACCUUAUCGACGCCGAGCGAGAUCACACCUCCUGUCACGCCCGGGAGAACAUAGACCUGCCGGGAAGUCGCUUCAGCAAGAGCAUCGACCCCUCAUCAUCGCAACCAGCGAAAGAAGACAUCUUCAUCACCGGCAUCUCGGGAAGGUACCCUCAAGCAGACAGCUUCUCAGAGUUCAAGAAGAAGCUCAUCGCGGGCGUCGAUCUUAUUACCGACGAUGAGGCUCGUUGGCCGCGAGGUUUUCUCGGACUGCCCGAUAGGAUGGGCACCAUCAAAGACUUGUCGCGGUUCGAUGCGACCUUCUUCAGGGUGCCACCUAAGCAAGUGCAGCUGAUGGACCCUAUGCUGCGUAUAAUUUUAGAGAGGACGUACGAAGCCAUCGUGGACGCAGGCUACGAUCCGGCGACACUACGAGGACGCAAUAUAGGCGUCUUUGUCGGCUGCGCACUGUCCGAGACGAUGACUUUGUUCGGGUGCAACGCGGGCACGAUCGACGGCUACAUCUCAACCGGAGCGUCGCUGCACAUGUUCUCGAAUCGAGUCUCCUACUGCUUCGACUUCAACGGGCCAAGUUUUACGGUGGACUCGGCAUCCUCCUCGACCAUGACAGCAUUGAGCCUAGCGCUCCAGUCUCUUCGCGCGGGUGACUGCGAGGCCGCCAUCGUGGGAGGUUGCAGUAUCCUGCUCAAUCCGCUCACAACGCUGACCUUGUACCGCUUCGGCCUGCUGUCGGACGACGGAAAGAGCAAGUCGUUCGACGAGAAAGCGGAUGGUUACGUGCGAAGUGAAGCCAUAGGAACCAUAUUUCUUCAGCGGGGUUCCGAAGCACGCAGGAUCUACGCCAGGUUGGUUAACGCGAAGGCAAACGCGGACGGCUACAAGGUGCAAGGAAUCACCGUUCCAUCAAGCGGCAAGAUGGAGGAGCUGUUUCGCAAAAUGUACGCCGAGGCCAACGUAGACCCACUAAAGGUCACCUACGUCGAAACGCACGGCCCUGGAACCAGUGUGGGAGACCCUCAGGAGUUGGCUGCGCUAAGCAGAUUCUUCUGUCCGCCUGAGCGCAAGAGGCCCCUCAAAAUUGGCUCGGUCAAGAGCAACGCGGGACACGGCGAAGCCGCGUCCUCAAUUUCCACGAUUUCCAAGGCCAUCAUUGUCAUGGAGACAGGCAUGAUCCCGGCGAACUUGCACUUCGAGAAUCCCAGCCCCAGAAUUCCGUGUCUUCACGACGGGAGCAUCGAGGUGGUCAGCAAACCAACGCCCUUUGAGGGUGGCCUAGUCGGGGUCCACGCCCUCGGAUUCGGUGGGACCAACGUUCACGCCAUUCUCGAGCCCAACCCGGCACCACACGUGGACUUUGCGGCCCGAGAAAAGCCUCAACUUCCUAGGCUCGUUCUCAUGGCUGGAAGGAGUAGAGACUCGCUUGGGCAAACGCUGGACCGCCUGGAAGCCGAAGGACCCUACCCUGAUUCUGCGUACGCCCUCUUGAACCGAGUAGGGCAGCCCUCCAUAAAGCAAUUCCCAUUCCGGGGCUACGCCCUAAUUCCUGUGGACGGCUCCCAGAAGCCUGUGACCAAGGUCGUCGAGGAGGUUCAUCCAGCAAAGAGACCCCUGUGGUUUGUCUUCACCGGCAUGGGCUGCCAGUGGAACGGCAUGGCGAGGCAGAUGAUGGAGUUCGACGUGUUCGCCCGCUCCAUCCGCUCAUCGCACGACCUCCUCGCGAAGAAUUUCGGCCUCGACCUCAUCGACCUGGUAACUAGCCUCGAACCGCGAGGCGCAGAGACCAUUGCGAGCGUCCUGGUGUCCAUCGUAGCAAUCCAGGUUGCGCUCGUCGAUGUCAUCCACGCUGUGGGUCUUCGGCCCGAUGGAAUCGUGGGUCACUCGCUGGGAGAGAUUGCCGGUGCGUACGCCGACGGGGGCCUCAGCGCUGAGCAGGCCGUGCUGUGCGGCUACUGGCGGGGCCGAUGCACCGAUGUCGGAAACCUCCCGAGGGGACUCAUGGCCGCUGUGGGGUUGACGUGGGAAGAAGCCAGAAGGCGCGGGCGCAAUGGCGUGGAAGCUGCGUGCCAUAAUGCGGAGGAUUCUGUGACCGUGUCUGGGCCUACCGACGCCAUUGACGGCAUGGUGAAGGAGCUGCAAGCCGAGAACGUGUUCGCCCGUGUUGUGGACACUAUGAACGUGGCCUUCCACAGCACUCAAAUGGAACGCGUCGAACCUGCGCUGCUGAAAGAAUAUAAGGCGGUGAUUCCAGAGCCAAAGCCCCGCGGGAAGCGUUGGGUGAGCUCCUCCGUUCCCGAGAGCCGUUGGAAGGAGCCGAUCGCCCAGCACUGUUCGGCCGAGUACUUCGUCAACAAUCUCGUUUCACCCGUGCUCUUCCGCGAGGCGCUGAAACACGUGCCUACAGACGCCAUCGUGGUUGAGAUCGCGCCUCAUUGCCUUCUACUGGCGAUUCUGCGCCGCGCAUUGGACCCUGGCACCUCCGUUGUGAGCCUCAUGAAUCGAGACAUGGACAACCAUUCAUUAUUCUUGGGCUCGCUUGGCAAGCUCCAUACCCUGGGAGUGCAACUGGACCCGUCUGCGCUCUACCCACCCGUUCCGUGGCCGGUGCCUCGCGGCACACCGAAUAUUGGUCAUCUGGUCAGCUGGGACCACUCGCAGCAGUGGGCCGUCGCAUCGUGGAGAGACGAGCUUUCCCUCGUAGAGGGAAAGGACAACAUUGCUACCAUUGACAUGGGCAGAAACGAGGCGAACGCUUACUUGGCUGGCCACCGGUUUGCCGGCAAGGCGAUAUUCCCAGUCGGUGGUUAUCUGGUGCUGGCAUGGCAGACUCUGAGUAAACAUCGGGGCCGAUCUAUAGAAGAGUUGCCCGUCAUCUUAGAGAACAUCAAGCUUCACAAGAACAUCGUUCUGCCUGAGACGGGCAUUGUGCGACUUGUGACCAUCGUGCGCUCCUCCGGCGAGUUCGAGGUGAUCGAAGACGGCGAGAUGGCAGCAAGUGGCUGCAUUGGCGUGGCCGAAGGUGAAACCUCGCUGAUCGACGUGGAGUUGCCGGUGGACUCUGCCGAGGCCAUAACAUACGAUCUAGACGCGGAGGACAUAUACAAGGACCUCGCGCUGCGUGGUUAUGACUACCGAGGAGCUUUCCGAGGCAUCAUUAAGUCUGACAUACAAGGGCCGCACGGAAUGCUCCAAUGGCAGAGUAUGUGGGUGACCUUCUUCGACAGCAUGCUUCAGUACAUCAUGUUCAAAAGCCCCGAUCGAGAACUCCGCAUGACAGCCAGCAUUGAAUCUUGUCGCUUCGACCCCUACAUUCACGCCGAAGUCAUCAAGAAGGCCGGGGACACAGGUGUGCAAGUCACCUACAAUCAGGUCGCAGGCAUUUGCCGGGCUGGAGGCGUCGUCAUACAAGGCCUAAAGACCAACACCAUCGACAGCGGGACCGAGCAACAGACACCGCUUGUCGAAGAAUACCGUUUCAUGCCAUACAUGGACGACAAAGACAGCAUGGACAAGAGAGAGUCCCUCACACGUGAAUACGUUGAAGUCUGCUGCAGCGUUGCCAGGCGAGCCCUCGACACCUGUUCCCAGAGUAAGGCUCUUGUUCGCGAAGUUAUAAACGGCAUCCGUAGCGCCCCGGAGCACGUGGUCAGCAAGUAUCUAGAAGACUCUCAUAAGAGCCACGGCCUCCUGCGAUUUCUUCACGCUGUCCAUAAGCAAGCAGAUCACACUGGCACUUCCAUUGUGGCUAAUAUCCAGUCAGCUCUGCCUGCGCACAACGAAGACUUGGAAACCGAUGUACUCAACACUGCCCUCUUUGAGGAAGAUCCUCUGAGAUUCCUCCUUGACACCGUGGUCGAAAACACCAGCCCGAACAAGCUCAGAGUACUGGAACUGGCGGCUCAAGGGAGUGGCUGCCUGCUCGCCUCCUGGUUGGCGACGUACCUUUCCAAGUAUAACUUGUUGCCGACUGUCGAGUACACAAUAGCACAUUCGUCUCCACAAGGACUGUCAGGAAAGAUCCCUCGAGGUGCCACGGUAGUGUCAUUGGGCUCGGCAGUAUCAAGGAAGAAGCUUCCUGAAGUGGACUUGAUUGUGGCCCGAAGCGCCACCUGGUCCUCUAGUGAAACCAGAGACCUAGCCGAUGAAGUGUCUUCUAUUUGUAGAGAAAAUGGUUUCGUGUUGAUCGCCCAGCGUACAGCACUAACCCCGGCCGAACGGUUACUCGGUGAAAUUGGAGGCAUCCAACUUCAGGUUGCCGCUCCCGACAAGCUGGAAGCUCAGUUUUUGAAGCACGGGCUACGCCUAGUGGCUUUUAAGUCGAACAACUUGUCUGGCCUGUAUCUCUUCCGAAAGCGUUCCAUGCCUGUCGAAGAAGCAUUGCAAGAAAUAGUCAUGGUUGACAGCGAACAUUGCGACUCCGUCGAUUUGGUCAAGAAGAAAGCUCUCGACUACGAGUGGAAGGCGCAAACAGAAAACAUGUGGCUGCUUGCGGAGGGGGCUGCAGCAAGCGGCGUCGUUGGCUUGGUGAACUGUCUCCGAUACGAAUCCGGAGGAAGUCACAUCAGAUGUGUGCUCGACGCUAGUUCAGCCAGGACGGACAAGGUAGCUGACUUCGACCUGACAAAUCCAGAAUGCAAGCACCUAAUGGAAAGGGACCUGGUCAUGAAUGUUUAUCGCAAUGGACAGUGGGGUUGCUACCGGCAUGUCGUCGCCAAAUCUGCUGACGCUACGAAGAACGCACAGUUUGCUGUCCUGAACUUGCGGAAGCAGGGUGACGUACAAAGCCUGAGUUGGUACGAGUCCCCAUUGCCCUACCAUGCUCUGCCCACUACCAAGUGUGCCACUGACCCGACAGUGUGUGAUGUGUACUUCGCUACGGUGAACAAUCGAGACGUCAUGUUCGCCACAGGAAAGCUGUCGCCAGAGGUGCUCGCAGGCGACUUGGCGAGUUCGGAGUCCAUUUUCGGACAGGAGUUUUCUGGAACGGACCAAGCAGGACGUCGUGUCAUGGGCAUCGUUUCUAGCCAGGCCUUGGCGACAGUGGUCGCUGCAGACCCCGCCCUUCUGUGGGAUGUUCCUGAUGGUUGGACCCUCGCUGAGGCGUCCACCGUUCCUUUGUCAUACUCAACCGCGUACUAUGCCCUGGUAGUGCGCGGUAAUAUGCGGCCAGGCGAGUCUGUCCUAGUACACUGCGGCAGUGGAUGCAUUGCGCAGGCUGCCAUCGCCAUCGCUCUGUCCAUGCGGUGUACCGUCUUCGCAACUGUCGGUUCCGCAACAGAGCGACAAUUCCUGAAAAACCACUACCCGCAACUGGAAGAUAGCCACAUUGUAAACUACGGCAGCUUUUGCUCAGAAGAACGCAUCCUUCGACAGACACAAGACAAAGGCGUGGACCUCGUGUUCAACACUUUUCAUGGUACCUAUACCAAAGUCAUCGCUCACUGUCUGGCUUCGAACGGCCGACACCUUAUUAUCGAAGUAGCCGGCGCCUCCUCGCGUCGCCCGCAAGAAGAACUGUCUUCGAAGCACAAGGUCGUCAACAUCAUCACCGUCCCGACCGAUGUCCUAUUCUCGAACGAAUCCAGCGCUGUGGAGGACAAGCGGCGAGUGGCCGAGCUGCUGCGUGAAGGAAUCACAUCGGGCGCCGUGAGGCCGUUGCCUGCCACAAUAUUCACGCGAGACCAAGUUGUGGAUGCAUUCGCGCUGCAAGCCUCUGAAGCGAACAGUGGCAAAGUUUUACUCGAGGUGCGGCCAGAGAAAAGCCACCAAUUUAAGGACAGCAGUCAUCCCUUCAGGGUAGAAGCCAUCGCCCGCACAUACUUCUACAGCAGCAAGGCUUACAUCAUCGUCGGAGAAAUUAGCGGCUUCGCUUUAGAGUUCGUGGACUGGUUGGUCAGUCGAGGCUGCCGGAAGCUUCUUCUCACCGCAAGUCACGGUGUGCUUACGGGGUAUCCACGUCUUUGCCUGCACCGGUGGAAGACACUCGGUGCCUCGGUAGUCAUCAGCGGAACCGACGCGUCGACAAUGCCUGGUGCUUUGCAGAUUAUCGAGGAAGCUGAAGCAAUGGGUCCGGUCGGCGGCAUCUUCAACGUUUCUGCGUGUCAUGAAGACAGCUGGGUAGCCGAUCAGGCGUCUGAGGUGUAUCAAAGGUACUACAAGACCAAGCUUGGCGGCACGCGGCAUUUGGACGAGCAUUCCCGAAAGUUAUGCCCGCAACUGGACCACUUCGUCGUCUUUUCCUCGGUUUCUUCUGGCCGCGGCACUUCGAAGAGGACGCUAUCCGGCUACGUCGACUCAACAUUAGAGCGCUUGUGCGAGCGCCGCGUUGAAGACGGUUUUCCCGCAUUGGCCAUCCAAUGGGGUGCCAUUGAUGAGGACGGCCAAGCUCAUGAGGCCCAGCGCCCCGAAGCGGCAUUCGAGGCAACAAAGCCUCAGCGAAUGAGGUCCGCCUUGGAGGUCAUGGAGAGGUUCCUGAACCAAAGCCACCCCGUCGUGUCCAGCUUCGUCAAGGCUGAAGUCACUUCAAGUCUGGGGAACGAACGAGAAACUAACUUCCUCGUGGACUCGGUGACUCGAAUUCUCGGCUUCCGAGAUUCGUCGAAGCUGAACCAUAACAGCAACCUGGGCGAGUUGGGCUUGGACUCCAUCAUGGGCGCCGAGGUACUGAUGGUCAUCGAGAAGUGCACCGGCCUGGUUCUGUCCGUGCAGGGAUUACGCCAGCUGACCCUUAAUUCAUUGCGAGAGCUAAGCAAAAAACAACAUUUAGGUUAAAGUAAGCAUAAAUACGAUGUUCGUGUUCUUUUUUUAUAAAUGGGAGACGAAUUGGA